CCAGGUCAUCUGGAACAAGACUUGUUCAAGGCUGAUUUUCCAUAAAUGUGAAACAGAACACCUACCAUUAUGUUUAGCACUAAAAGAUGGGAGCUGAGACUGAGAGAUAGUGAUUCAACCCAGGACACCCAGCUAAAGAAAAAGUCCCAGUCUAUUGACAUCUCUGGAUCAGGCUAUGAACCCCUGGCACCAGCAGCACAACAUGCAAUGCAACCAACUAAACCGACACCUGUCAUUAAGACAGCCACUUUUGAAGAGGAACAGAACAACACAGCAAAUACACAACGGCGUACUCCACGGAGGGGUGAGCUGAAGAGAUACUACACCAUUGAUACUGGCCAGAAGAAGAGCCUUGAUAAGAAAGAUGGGAGACGAAUGUCUUUUCAGAAGCCUAAGGGAACUAUAGAAUACACAGUUGAAUCAAGAGAUUCUCUGAAUACUGUUGCCUUGAAGUUUGAUACAACCCCUAAUGAACUCGUUCAGUUAAAUAAGCUGUUUUCCAGAGCAGUUGUUCCUGGACAGAUUUUAUAUGUUCCUGAUCCAGAAUAUAUUUCUAGCGUGGACAGUUCUCCUUCAAUUAGUCCUAUAAGUCCUUUGUCACCUACAUCUUCAGAAGCAGAGGCUGAGAGGACAGCAAAAAGUGAUUCAGAUGGGGUGCACUGCAAAGAAACAACACCCACACCAGCUCACACAUGUGUUCGGCCUACAAGAAUAGUGUCAUCUACAUCAGAGGAGGAAGAAGCUUUCACGGAGAAAUUUCUCAAAAUUAAUUGCAAAUAUAUAACGAACAACAAGGGAACAGUCAGUGGUGUGCUGCUAGUGACGCCAAAUAAUAUAAUGUUUGAUCCAAAUAAAAUGGACCCAUUGGUUCAAGAAAAUGGCUGUGAAGACUAUGGCAUCAUGUGUCCAAUGGAAGAAGUGAUGUCGGCUGCUAUGUAUAAAGAUAUUGUAGAUGACAAAUUAAAGGAUUCAUUACCCAUUGACUUAGAUCAGUUGUCUGUAAAAGAUCUCUGCCACUUCAAGAAAAUUACAAGAAGCAAUACUGAUGAAAUGGACUCACGGGUGCGAGAUACAGGGAAUGAUAGUGCCAGCACUGCUCCAAGGAGCACCGAGGAAUCUCUUUCAGAAGAUGUGUUUACUGAAUCAGAACUCUCUCCAAUACGGGAGGAGCUUGUUUCUUCUGAUGAACUUCGACAAGAUAAAUCUUCUGGAGCCUCACUGGAAUCUGUUCAGACAGUACACCAGAGUAGUAUGGAACAUGUAACGUUAAUUACAGACUCUGUUAAUGUUGCUGGUGGCAUAAACCCCACUAUAGAACAGCCUUUGGAUGAUAAGAAGUCUUUUAGUGAUACUGUGGGUUCACUUUCAUUGGACACAACUCUGGGAGAAAUAAAGGACACUGUACAAGGAGGUGCUACUGAUGGUACAGAUUUAAAAGUUAAUACUGCUCAGGAAUCUGUGAUAGAAAAUGUACCAGAAGGUGAGGAGUGUUUGCAUUCUGAAAAAGAUGAUUUCAAAUGGGAGGUUACAGAUAAAGAUUCCACUCAAGAUUCUGAGACAGAUAUUGAGACAAUGCGUAAACUUUGGAAGAGCCAUACUAUGCAACAAACCAAACAACAGAGAGAUAAUAUGCACCAGGAUGCACAUAAAGAAAUGAAGCACAAAGUGGCAACAGCGGAUGGAACAAUAGAAGGUUCUCUAACAAAAGACAAAAGAAGACAUCGGUUACACAAAUUCUUGUGUCUCAGAGUUGGCAAGCCAAUGAGAAAAACAUUUGUAUCACAGGCAAGUGCAUCAAUGCAGCAGUAUGCACAGAGGGACAAGAAACAUGAGUACUGGUUUGCUGUGCCUCAGGAAAGGACUGAGCAUCUGUAUUCCUUUUUUGUUCAGUGGAGUCCACAAAUAUUUGCAGAAGAAACUGGAGAAACAAAUAGAGAGCUUGGAUUUAUUGUAGUAAAAAAACUUGAAUCUGAAGCUGAUGAGGAUUCAAUAAAUGAAGCAACAGCUAAGGAGUGGGAGGUAGUAUCAGUGGCUGAGUAUCACCGCAGAAUCGAUGCUCUAAAUAGUGAAGAACUACGCACACUCUGCAGACGUCUCAAGAUAACUACAAAGGAAGAUAUACAUUCAAAGCCUGGAACAACCAUUAAGCCCGAACUGGAGCCUGAGGCAUUUCGGCCAAAUCUUAGUGAUCCUAGCGAAUUGCUACAAGUGGGACAAAUUGAAAAGCUAACAAAACACCUUCCACCUCGAACUAUUGGGUAUCCAUGGAGACUUGUCUACAGCACUGCAAAGCAUGGCAUGAGCUUGAAGACGUUAUACAGGACCAUGAUAGGACUGGACACACCAGUGCUAAUGGUUAUUAAAGACAGUGAUGGACAGAUAUUUGGGGCACUAGCUUCCGAGCCCUUUAAAGUGAGUGAUGGUUUUUAUGGAACCGGAGAAACCUUUCUUUUCACUUUCUGUCCGGAGUUUGAGGUCUUCAAGUGGACUGGAGAUAACAUGUUCUUUCUUAAAGGAGACAUGGAUGCCCUAGCUUUUGGUGGUGGAGGGGGUGAAUUUGCCCUGUGGCUUGAUGGGGAUCUGUACCAUGGAAGAAGUCAUUCUUGUAAAACAUUUGGGAAUCGCACUCUUUCUAAGAAAGAAGACUUCAUUAUACAAGACAUUGAAAUUUGGGGCUUUGAAUAAAUACAAACUGCUUCUAUGAAAGGUUGUCCCAAACCUGACACUGAUCAGUGCAGCUCAGAAACUCCCUUGAAGCAAUAUGAUGCAGCAUAUUUGUUUUGCAAUAUGCCUUUCCACAUUCGUUCGACAUAAAACUGUGGGAUUUCUCUGUUUGGUUGGAUCUGUCUUUCAUCUGCCUGUUAUAUUUUGAAAGCUAUAGGGCUCUCAAGUCAUAAUUGAGUAUUUACAUUACUGGGGAGGUAGGCCUUCAAUCAUCAUGUCACUCAUCUCUUAUUUCUUUUCGUACUCAUUACUACACAACUUUGUUAGACUUUCUUUCAGACUGCUUCAUCAAGACAACAUUUAAGGUGCACAAAGCCUAAUAGGAAAUUUCUCCAUUAGCCUAAAUAAUAAAAGAAUGAAGUUUCAGAAUGUAUUGACACAGACUAAUCUGGAUUCUUAUUUCUACCAAUCAGAUAGUGCCACUAAUGAGUUGGGAGGUAUAUUUUCACAUUCAGCAGUGCCACUUCUUUGUUAAAGCAUAGAGAAUCUUCUUUGGUAAAACAUAGAGAAUUCUUAUCUGUUGUAUUUUGCCAUUGAAACUUAACUGCCCUAUUGAUUGUACUGAAGUAUUUUGCACAUGCUGUUAAAUGAUCUGCAGGCUUGGGACAAAUGUUGGACAAUGACUGAGUUACAUGGUCAAGAGAUAUUAAAGAGCAAUGGGCAAUUGGACAAAGUGAGCAUAAUGCAAUGUGUAAUUCAUAGCUAUAGCAGGGCAUUAUACUGUAUGUACUAAGACUAUGAAACAGACACAUUUUCCGAACAACAGAUAAGGUAUCAGAUAUAUAUACUGUUUUAUAGUUCUUCUGUUAUAGCCUUGUACCACAUCACCUUCAAUAAUUGCUCCUGUUCAAAAAAAGAAAAAAUAUAGAUGUGGUGUUUUCUCUUCUUUUGAGUGGAUCUAUGUUGUAAACUGCAGCUAGCACCAGCUCUGAUGCAAUGGGGUAAUGUACUCUAGAUAGACAUCGUAACUCAGUAGAUGUGUAAUAUGCAAACGUACUGUUCUGUGACCUCAAAAUAAAAAAGAAAAAAAGACAGACCAUCAUAUAGUAGAUCAGUAGCUCUUGUCCACUUUUGUAGGAAAACUGAAAAGCCAUUGUGGCAAUAAUCAUUCAACAACAGUUUAUUUCAAAGCUUAUAUUCUAUGUUUAUGCAAAACAAAAGUAUAAAAUGCUGUUGUGUGACAGUGAAUGAAUUUGUGCUGAAAUCUCAGCUAUUCCAGAUGACUAUUGUAUAUAUUACCUUGUAAAUUAAUGUUUAAAGAUAGUUUUUUGUUAUUUGGGGGGGGGGAGUGUUGAUUGACGGGUUGCUUCUAGCACUUUAAAUUAUUCUAGAAAUGGAAUAAAGAGCCAAAUGGCUUGGCUUAAAUCAUUAGCUAUAGUUGUAUAGUACGUUGCUAAUAUCAAGGUGUUUCAGAAGUUUGAACACUUACCAGAAGAAUGCUUACUGCUGUGGUAAAGGGAAAGGGGAUGUUCUAUCUAUGUAAUAUGCUCAUGCUUAAUAUAACUUAAAAUGCACAGCAUUGUUCCCUGUCUCUGUGUAUAGCUCUCUACUCCUGUUAGAACUUAGUACAAUAAGUGUGGAUUCAGUGUUUACAAACACAAGGAUCUGUAAAUAAAUUACAAUUAUUUUUCUCCCCUUUGGUCUUCCACAGCAGUAUUAUUGUCUUUGUGGAUUUAAGACUAAUUAUAAACAAUCCUGUAAUGGAUUUAAAGUACUAUAAGGUAAUAGUGAUAUGUAUAGCAAAUAAAUCUAAAUACAUGUAACAUGAAA